CAAAUAUGUUUUACAUUCCUAAAAUUUUUUUGUACAUACAGUCUAUAUAUGUUUUUCAUUUGAGUCGAACUUAGUUUAGUUUUAGAAGAAUAAUCAUUUUAUUAAAAUCAAAUAUAUUUUAAAUUGAAUCAUUGAAAUACGGUUAAAGAUCCUAUCUGUUUUCGAUUUUUAGUAAUCAAAAUAUAUUACUAUUACUUUGUCGUAGGGUGCCAGCUUAAUAGUAAUCGAAGUUAAUAGAAUACAAUACACAACUCACUAACCAAGCAAUUAAGCAUUUGUUAUUACAAUAUGGCCCGUAUAGUCCAAAGAUCGAUAACCCCACGUAGGCCCCAGCCUUGACGUUUGAUAGCCAACGGUCUCAAGCUUUUUGCCAAACAAUUUGUUUUAAAUACAAGCGUGAACAAGGUUUUUUUUUUGUAAUACAGCGUGAACAAAGGUUAUUGAAAGAGAUUUGUCGCCUUUGACCCUUUUCUAAUAAUUUAGAUAAGCAUUUACAAGGUGAAUUAAUGUAGCAAAUAGAGGUAGUUGGAGGAUGAAGAGUAGCAAUUCAACAAAUAGAGGCUGUUGAUACAUACUCAAAACUUGAACCUUAUUGAACCCAAAUUCUAUAACUCAGUGAUAUUCUUAUUUGAAAACACCAAAACCCAACACUGAUAUCUAAUUAAAAACGACUUUUGAGUAGCUAAACUACAUGAACAUAUAGUUUGGUAUGCCCAACCUAAAACUAUUAUAAAAUUAGUUAUACACUAGUUUGCUACACCAUACCUAACAUUAUUGAAAGAGUACUAUUAUUAGGGUGUAACUCAUAUAGUGUUAGUUUAACGAGGAAAAUAUGUAUGUGAAAUAAUUGGUGUAGGGACCAAUUUAAGAUAAUGUAAUAAUAAUCAAGAGCGUUAAGCAUCAAUCAUUUCUCCUCCAUUCUAUUUCUAGUUCUAUCCUUAUCACAUAUCACUCCUUCGCCUUAUCAUCUUCCUGAAUCCAUCACCUUUGGUAAUGGUGGGAUCGCGUUACUAGCUUAUGAAAUUGUUUUAUUUAUACCAAUAUCUCCGAAAAUAUGUUUAUUUGUUUUGAGUUUUUGCUAUUUCUGGAAAUUUAACAUAAACAAAAUGGACAAAACAGAAAAAGCCACAUAAUAAGAAUAAAUGAUAAUUUUUCGUCAAAAAGGAACAAAUAAUAAUUUAUUUAUGUACCUUUCAAGUUAAGGUCACAUUUCUGUUAAAAUUAUAUAACUCAUUGUAGAUUUAGUUUUUUUUUGUUUAUACACAUAUUUUUAAUAUCCAAACACCUAUUAUAAUUUUGUUAAUUCAUGAGUGAUUGAUUCUCCCAAAUGAGAUGGAAUAAUUCUAAAAAUAAUAUAUUUUACGCAACUAAAAUAUUAAUUUGAAGAAGCUUGAAAUUCUCCAUGCCAUUUGUCUUAAGGUUUUGUAACACAUCACAUGUCAUUUUUUCUUCGGGACAAUGGAUCACGGAAGCAUAGAGAAGAAAAGGAGAGGAUAUUGCGUAUUGGUGAAGCUCAAUAAUGUAUUUGAUUUUGAUGUUAAUAAUAAUAGAUGCAAAAAGCAUCGUCGGUACUUUUCUUAAGCAAUGAUCUAAAGUUUUCUUCCUUUACUUUUUGUAUUGAUUUUCCCAAAAUCCUAAAGUAAUGACAGAGUAGAGGUCGGAUCUCAAUGCCCAAUUUCAACACAAGGGAUUACUACUCAAUUUUCACUUCAUAAAAGUGGUGGAUAGAUAACAUAUGAAAGAGCCUCAUUUUCUCUCAGCAUUUCUGCUUCCCCUGAGGCUUUGUCUGACAACGGUGUGGGCAAUGGGUUGCAUAAUUCUAAUUUAGCAAUUACUAUCCAUACUCGCAAGAGUGCAUGCAUAUUUUAGUAUGCUCUAUUCUCAUUUUCCAAGAUUGUCUACUUUUACAAUAUGAGCGAUCAGAUUAUUAAUACAAUUUACUUCUCUAUAAAUAUUCCCACCCAUAACAUUAAUGUUCUCAACCAAGUAUUACGUACAGUUCUCAGAAUUAUUUAUAACUAUUAAAAAGAGAAGAGAAACUAGAUAACUUUCACUCAAGUUGGUCUCAUACUAUCUUAAUAAUUGCUUCUUAUGAUUGAACAAUUUGUAGAAAUCACCAUCUAAAUCUGUCUAUUUAGUCGAAAACUAGUAUACAGUCUACCUAAAACACGUGGUUUAAAGUUAUAAAAUCAGACUCAGGCACAUUAUGAAUUAAUGAGAUUUUACUUUUCUUCUUAAAUUAGAAAUUCUGAAAUAGAACUAAAUACAAUACAGCAACCUAAAACAUACUAUUCAUGGACUACUCACUCACUCAGCAAAAUAUGCAAUAACUCACGUAGAAACAAAAAAAAAAAAUCUAUAAACAUUCAUAUAUGAUUGAUCAUUGUUGAGAAGAGUUUAACACGUAGUCGAUACAUAGCAGGAAGAUGGAUAUGAAGAAGCUUCUUAAAGUUGUGUUCUUCUGGAUCACUUACUUUACGUGCUCCCUUUCCAUGGCUACUUAUCAUGGUUGUGGUCCUUGUGGAGAAGUUUCAGAGAAGACAAUGAGAAUGAGUGUGAUUGGUGAAGCUUCAAGAAACAAGUUUGGGAACUACAAACAAGGUCGUAAGUUAGUUUCUGGUCCAAGUCGUAGAGGCUGCGGCCACUAAGUUUUUAGAUAA